AUGGCAGAUCAGGGUCGGCACCACCUUACGAAUGAUCGGCCAAUUCCCUCACGGGAACCAAAUGCAGCUGCCCUCGCAGCACUGGAGGCAUGCAGAAACAGUCCAUAUAGAUCCAUCGCCUCAACACCCAUCGGCGACUUCGCCACGCCGGCCACAAGAUUUCGAGAGCCGUAUGAGCACAAUGGUGACGCCAGGAACUCCGCCACGCCCGCCAAAGCAUCCCGAGACAGCCACAAGCACAAUACCGACAGCAUCAAGAAGACCAUGAACGAGACCGGUCCAUACAAGGUUUACACGUUCGGCCUCAUUUACGACCACGACGGCAAACGAGGUACGGAGAGGUUCCUGAAUGGCUCAUACGCCACUCUAGAGCAAGCCAGCUCUGUGGCCGAAGAGGUCGCGCGUCUCUCCCUCAACCAUCACUCCAAACUCGGCCCCUGUACCAUCGCCUCCAUCACAGACGACGCAGGACUUCGCAGCUACGGCAUCAAGCGCGGAAACGAGUAUAUCGAAGAGGUAGCUGUGAUCCGGCAACAAAAUCCAGGAAAACCCGCCAACGCGUCCUACAAAAUCCUCCUCACAACCAUCACCAACACCCUCCGCUCCGCUCUUCGUUUCCUCCCUCGCUCCGUCCUCUUCCUCCUACAACUCCUCUUCGACCUCCACGCUACUUUGGAAAACGCACAUACCUACCUUCAACGCGUGACUCCACAGUCCCCUCUUGUCGCUACCGCGGAUGGUUUCUUACGGGUGGUCAUCACGGCUCUAGCGCUCGUAUUGUGGUCUGCCAAACUUCUCGGACAAAUUCUAACCUUCUCGAGCAGAAGCGGUGGGUCGCGGGAGGAUACAAGAAGUGCUUAUAUUGGUGUGAUUACUGUCUCGCUUAUGGGGGUGAUGAUUUGGUAUAUGGGAUGGCUGGGAGGUGUGGUGGGAGUGGGAUUUGCUUUGCUGCUUUGUGGUGGGAAUGGGGUUGUUUGA